GAGGUGAAGGGAGGGGUGGGGUUCUCUCUCUGCCUCCCUGUCUCCUUCUAGCUUUUCUGCCUUUUUAUUGGUGGUCCUUCUAUUGGCGGCCCACCCCUCCUCUAUUUCUAUCCCUGUCUCAGAUGCAGUUAUGCAGGCAGCAGGGACGGAGACUUUCAACAGACAUUCACACUGUCUGCUUGGGUGAAGAGAGAUGGUGGGUUAGAGGACCAGAGAAUAUUAUCUAUCCUCUUCCCAUGUUCAUCAUCUUGUGACUGUUUUGUCCAUGGGCAUAAGAGUCACCUGGUGAGGUGGGAGUUUGUUUCCUUGGAUGAGCGGACUCUUUGCCACUAAGGCGAGCUUCCUGAGAGGACUGAAAGUGAUUUAAGAUCUUUAGUUUUCUUUCUGUGGGAACGCAGAGAGGGCAGCCAUGGCUCAUGCCGCGGCUCACAUUAAGAAGGCCAGGUCCGAGAUGGAACAACCUCCGGACCUGAAGGCUGUGGAAAAAGCCGUGGAAAAAGCCAGAGAGAGGAAGAGGCGUUCCCGGGAACGGGCAGAAUCCAAGCGCAAGUCGGACAGCAACACCAGUUUCCUGCGAGCAGCAAGGGCAGGGAACAUUGAAAAGGUUUUGGAAUAUCUGAAAGGUGGAGUGGAUAUCAGUACCUGCAAUCAGAAUGGACUUAAUGCACUGCACCUGGCAGGCAAGGAGGGCCACGUGGACUUGGUUCAGGAGCUGCUGGAGAGAGGUGCAGCAGUGGAUUCAGCAACAAAGAAAGGAAACACAGCACUUCACAUAUCAUCUCUAGCUGGUCAGGCUGAAGUAGUAAAGAUUCUGGUCAAACGUGGAGCUGACAUCAACGCACAGUCUCAGAAUGGAUUCACUCCUCUGUACAUGGCCGCCCAGGAGAAUCACCUAGAUGUGGUGCGAUACCUUCUGGAGAAUGGAGCGAACCAGAGCACGGCUACAGAGGAUGGCUUCACCCCUCUGGCCAUUGCCCUUCAGCAGGGCCACAACCAGGUGGUUUCUAUUUUACUGGAGAAUGAUACUAAAGGCAAGGUUCGCCUUCCCGCCUUGCACAUUGCUGCACGCAAGGACGAUACCAAGUCAGCUGCCCUGCUGCUCCAGAACGACCACAACGCUGAUGUCCAGUCUAAGAGUGGAUUCACUCCCCUGCAUAUCGCUGCCCACUAUGGGAACGUCAACGUGGCCACACUCCUGACAAAUUAUAGGUCACUAAAAUCAUUUUUGUCUCUUCUACAGAAUGGGAUAACUCCCCUACAUGUGGCCUCUAAGCGUGGGAACACCAACAUGGUUCGCCUGUUACUGGAUCGUGGCUCUCAGAUUGAUGCUAAAACAAGGGAUGGUCUCACUCCGCUCCACUGUGCGGCCCGGAGUGGACAUGAUACAGCUGUGGAGCUGCUGCUGGAGAGAGGAGCACCCUUACUGGCCAGGACCAAGAAUGGGCUGUCUCCUCUCCACAUGGCGGCACAAGGUGACCACGUUGAAUGCGUCAAACAUCUUUUGCAGCACAAGGCGCCUGUUGAUGACGUCACCUUGGACUACCUGACAGCACUACAUGUGGCAGCACACUGCGGUCAUUACAGAGUCACCAAACUGCUGCUGGACAAGAGGGCCAACCCCAAUGCCAGGGCACUGAAUGGGUUUACUCCACUGCACAUAGCCUGUAAGAAAAACCGUGUAAAGGUCAUGGAGCUGCUGGUCAAAUAUGGAGCCUCUAUUCAGGCCAUCACAGAGUCUGGUUUGACUCCCAUUCACGUAGCAGCCUUCAUGGGUCACUUGAACAUCGUCCUGCUGCUGCUGCAGAAUGGAGCCUCGCCGGACGUCAGCAAUAUUCGUGGAGAAACGGCGUUACACAUGGCAGCCAGAGCAGGUCAGGUGGAAGUGGUCCGAUGUCUGUUGAGGAAUGGAGCGAUGGUGGACGCACGGGCACGAGAGGACCAGACUCCCCUCCACAUUGCGUCGCGUCUGGGUAAAACAGAGAUUGUCCAGCUGCUGCUGCAACACAUGGCCCAUCCUGAUGCUGCCACAACCAACGGCUACACGCCCCUGCACAUCUCCGCCAGGGAGGGGCACGUGCAGACGGCCUCUGUGCUGCUGGAGGCCGGGGCUUCACACUCAUUGGCCACCAAGAAAGGUUUUACUCCCCUGCAUGUGGCCUCCAAGUAUGGAAGCCUAGAUGUAGCCAAACUUCUGCUGCAGCGCCGCGCUCCUCCUGAUUCCACUGGCAAGAACGGCCUGACCCCGCUCCAUGUCGCAGCUCAUUAUGACAACCAGAAGGUGGCGCUCCUGCUUUUGGACAGAGGAGCGUCCCCCCAUGUCAUGGCCAAGAACGGCUACACUCCUGUCCACAUUGCGGCCAAGAAGAACCAAAUGGAAAUAGCCACAGUCCUGCUGCAGCAUGGGGCUGAGACCAACAUCUUGACCAAGCAGGGUGUCACUCCACUCCAUCUGGCCUCCCAAGAGGGCCACGCUGCCAUGGCUGCCCUGCUCAUAAGCAAAGGAGCUCAGGUCAACGUCCCCACUAAGAGUGGUUUGACUGCCCUCCAUCUGGCAGCUCAGGAGGACAAAGUGGCUGUUGCAGAGAUCCUCGCCAGAAAUGGAGCCAACCUUGACCAGCAGACCAAAUUGGGCUACACCCCAUUACUUGUAGCAUGUCACUAUGGAAACGCCAAGAUGGUCAACUUCUUGCUUCACAAUGGAGCCAGUGUCAACGCCAAGACCAAGAAUGGAUACACUCCCCUUCACCAGGCAGCCCAGCAAGGAAACACACACAUUAUUAACGUACUGCUCCAGUACGGUGCCAAGCCCAACGCUAUCACUGUGAAUGGUAACACUGCUCUGGGUAUUGCUCGGAGGCUGGGCUACAUCUCUGUGGUGGAUACUCUCAGGGUCCUCACAGAGGAGAUCAUCACCACCACAACAACGGUGACAGAGAAACACAAGCUUAAUGUUCCAGAGACCAUGACUGAAGCUGAUGUCUCCGAUGAAGAGGGUGAGUCAUGUUGUACACUAGUGUCUGUCGACAUUAACCUACAUUCUAGCCUUCAAAUGCAAAAAGGCCAACAGUGGAUCAGUUUGAUUAAUCACAUCAACUGUUUGUCCCAUCGCUUCUUGGAAGAAACAGGUUUCAUCUACAAUCUAGAGAAUUACACACAAAGCCUGCUGGGCGACACUAGGAACAUGCAGCAGCACGCCAUAUGGAGUGGAGCUCAAAAAGUGAAGAUAGAUUGGGGACAGUACUUGGAUGGAAUGAACUACCUCCGCUUCAGUCUGGAGGGCGGGCGCACUGACAGUUCUGACAGGUCCUUCACUCCCACCCACCACAGCUACUACUCCCCUAAACAUGAAGGCAUGAUGGAGGAGAUUCUCACCAGUCACCAGGUUUCAUCACUUGCCAGAGAGAAUGAGAGGGAUUCAUACAGACUGAACUGGGGAACAGAGAACUUGGACAAUGUGGCUUUAUCCUCCAGCCCCAUCCACUCCGGCUUCCUGGUCAGCUUCAUGGUGGACGCCAGGGGUGGCGCCAUGCGUGGUUGCCGGCAUAAUGGCCUGCGCAUCAUCAUCCCACCCAGGAAGUGCAGCGCACCCACACGGGUCACGUGCCGACUGGUGAAGAGGCACCGUCUGGCCACCAUGCCUCCAAUGGUUGAGGGUGAGGGCCUGGCCAGCAGACUUGUUGAGGUGGGGCCCUCGGGGGCCCAGUUCCUUGGUCCUGUGAUUGUGGAGAUCCCCCACUUUGCUGCCCUGCGGGGGAAGGAGAGAGAGCUGGUGAUCCUGAGGAGUGAGACAGGAGAAAGCUGGAAGGAACACCACUGUGAACACACCCAGGAGGAACUCAACCAAAUACUCAACGGCAUGGAUGAGGAACUAGACACACCUGAGGAGCUGGAGAGGAAGCGUAUUUGCCGCAUCAUCACCAGAGAUUUUCCACAAUACUUUGCAGUGGUGUCACGCAUCAAGCAAGACAGUAAUCUGAUUGGUCCUGAGGGAGGUAUUCUGAGCAGCACUGUUGUGCCCCAAGUGCAGGCAGUUUUUCCUGAGGGGGCCCUAACCAAAAGGAUCAGGGUCGGACUGCAGGCCCAGCCAGUGUGUGUAGAUGUAGUGAGGAAAAUUCUAGGAAACAAGGCCACCUUCAGCCCUAUCGUCACCCUGGAACCCCGCAGGAGGAAGUUCCAUAAACCCAUCACCAUGACCAUCCCUGUCCCCAAGAGCAACUCCGACCCAGUCCACAACGGUUUUGGAGGGGACACCCCAACCUUACGACUGCUCUGUAGUAUCACUGGUGGAACAACUCCAGCCCAGUGGGAGGAUAUAACAGGAACCACUCCGUUAACAUUUGUCAAUGACUGUGUCUCCUUUACCACCAAUGUGUCUGCUCGGUUCUGGCUCAUAGACUGUCGGCAAAUCCAGGAAUCUGUCAACUUCUCCACUCAGGUGUACCGGGAGAUCAUCUGUGUCCCUUACAUGGCCAAGUUUGUCAUCUUUGCCAAGACCCACGACCCCAUUGAGGCUCGCCUACGCUGCUUCUGCAUGACUGAUGACAAGAUUGAUAAAACACUGGAGCAGCAGGAGAACUUCACUGAGGUGGCCCGCAGCCGAGAUGUAGAGGUCCUAGAAGGCAAACCUAUCUAUGCAGACUGCUUUGGAAACCUUGUUCCCCUCACCAAAAGUGGCCAGCAUCAUCUCUUCAGCUUCUUUGCCUUUAAGGAGAACAGACUAGCACUCUUCAUCAAAAUUAGAGACAACACUCAGGAGCCGUGUGGCCGUUUGUCCUUUAUGAAAGAACCCAGGAACUACAGGUCACUUACCCAAAAUGCCAUAUGCAACCUCAACAUCACCCUCCCAUCAUAUUGCAAGACCAGCAGAACGCUAGAGAAAUUAGAUCCACAGGAUGAAGCAGAGAGAAAAGAGCAACGGUUGGCCAUUAUAGCUGACCACCUGGGCUUCAGCUGGACAGAGUUGGCACGAGAACUUGACUUCAGUGAGGAGAGGAUCAACCUGAUAAGGACUGAAAACCCCAACUCACUACAAGACCAAAGCCAUGCCCUUUUGAAACUCUGGGCAGAGAGGGAGGGAACGCAUGCCACAGAAAUGACAUUGAUCAAAAGAUUAACAAAGAUCAACCGAAUGGACAUUGUUCACCUCAUUGAAAUGAAGAUAAGCAAGUCCACUCAGGAAGAGACAUCUUCGCAUACCUAUGCAGAAAUUGAGCAGACCAUAGCACUGGACCAUAGUGAAGGUUUCUCUGCCCUUCAUGAAGACAUUGACAGCCCCAGUCCAGGCAGGCAUUCAGUGGUGGCACGUAGGAGUCCAGGCUCAGGACAAGAGGUACCCAUGGUGUCAGCAGAGGACCUGUCCUCCAGUUUGUCAUCACUUCAUGAGACAACAGGGCGAUCAGAGACAGACUCCACAGCAACAGGCUUUCUUAGAAAUACCCAAAAAGAGAUGGAGACAACAUACCCAUCACAAGGAAUAUAUGAAGAAUUGACAGACUCAGUGCACAAAGGCCAUUAUAAACAAGUAAGUCCUUUCUUCACAUUGUACUGCACCUCUCCCUACAAUCUCCGAUCCCAUGUGAUAGACCCUGUGUACAAAGGCGCACCGAAGUUAAGCACCCGGAAUACCUCUACUCCUUCCCCCACUGUUGAACCAUGUUAUGAUGAGGGGGCUGCUGGAUAUGAAGGGGCAGAGGAGGGAGAGGAAUGGAGCUUGGAGUGUCUACGAAGCACCCAUUCUGGAUAUGGUGCUCAUCAUUUGUCACCGCUGUCUUGGCAAGAGUCAUGCAAUAAUUCUCAAACAGGUGUAUGUGAGAGUAGACCAUUGUCUAUGAAUGAUUUUGGAGAUAGUUUGAUUGAAUGUGAUCAAGCUGAGCAAGACUUCAGGAAACUGUCUAUGGAGCUCACAGAAACCGAUAAGUUCUCUGAGGUUUCACAGCAACUGACAAGUGAACAAAUGCUUCAGCCUCCAUCUUUGCUUCCUUCUGGUCCUAUUAAUGCAUCCAAAGAAUCCACGCAGACAAAACUAAUUGCCACAAAACACACGGAUGAAGUCUCAAGUCAACCACAUAACGUCCUGUAUGGAUAUGAUUUUGAACUGAUAGAUUCAGAUCGUGAUGAUGUGUUUAUAAUGCCCAUGAAUGCAUCCCCUGAAGACUGCAUUCAAGCUGGAGUCAGUAAAGAGGUUGUGAAAGCUGCCAGACACACAAAGAUUAAUGCUUCAAACUCUGAGCAUGACAUUGAUGCUUACCUGGUCAAUAUUUCAGGUGACCAUGAUGUCAAAUCCAGUCACAGCAUAUGUCAAACGCAAUAUACAACCACUCAGGAGUUAAGAGGUCCUUCUGAUUACAGUCAUACAAUUCCAGGUUUAAUAUCUGAAAAACCAGAAUUGAGCCCAGCCACUUUCAUUCAGAUGUCACAUGACUCAGCUUUUGGCCAGGCUGAUGUUCAGCCAGUUAUAUCAAAAGAAAAGGACAUGAAAAAAGACCCUAAAAAUGAGACUGUGUUCUCUGUACAGCCUGCACCAGAGAUUGAAGCAUUCAGGUAUAGAUUCCAUUCACCAGAAUCCACAUCUGAAACCUCUGGUAAAUGUUACAGCUUAGUUCAUGGCAGAUCAUCUUCACCUGAAUAUGUGACUGAAACAGCAGCACUGUCAAUAGAGAGUAGGGGCUCAUCACCUCAGUCAAUUUCUUCAGUAAAUGAGCUGAAUUUUCUUGCACCUGAUUCUCCAGUACCUCAGUUUAGGCCCUUGUCUCCUCUCCCACCCACUACUUUUCCAUGGGAAACUGGUGAUGUUGGGGUAUUUCUUCAGGGCAAACCAUUACUGAGUGCACCAGGAGGCACUUACAUGCUGUUAACAUCAAAAGCAGAAGAAAGGCCAUUAGCACCAAUGAUUUCAAACAAAAUACCAUUUGGAAGGCCAGUAUCACCGGGCAGUGAUCAUAGUAAUGAGAUGUCCAUGUCACCUCAGUCAUUAAGUUUUGACAUAGAGGACAGAUCAUCCUCACCUGAGCCGGUGUCAUCAGGUAUAGAAUUUGAAACACCACCUUUAUCAACACCUUUUGAAGACAGGCCCUCAUCCCCAGAAUCUGUAGCAUCUAUAAAUGAAAAAAAAGCAUUGCCACCUGAUUCACCUAUACCUGAAUUCAGUCACAAUUUACCUAACUCAGCAAUUGUUGUUAUAGGGGACAGAUCCACUUCACCUGAGUCAGUAUUAUCAGAUGUAGAAUAUGGCUGCAUGUCUCCAGCAUCACUUAAUCAUGAAAAGAGAGCUUCCUCACCUACUUCAGUUGCAUCUGACAGUGAUUCUGAAUCUAUUGCACCUGUCGUUGGACAUAGAGAAGCUUCCCCUGAGUCAGCUGAAUCUGUGCAGGUAGUAUAUGAUUCCAUACGUUCUGAUCAUAGACCGAAUUCACCUGAACUACUAGCAUGUGAUACAGAGAACAAAUCAACACCACCAGUGGAAUUAGUAUGCGAGUAUGAUGAUGACUGGGUUAUUAUAUCUUUGUCUGGUAUCGAAGGAAGAACACUUUAUCCAGAUGCAGUUCCUGUCUGUAGACCAACAUCUCCACAAUCAGUGACGUUAGACUAUAGAGAAUCCUGUUCUGAAUCAGAAACCUUAAAUGAGCGUCUGUCCCCAGAUUCUCCCGUUCCACAAUAUACACCAUCUGUGCAUCAUACUGUCACUAUAACAUAUCAGUCAUCAUCACCAGAAUCUGUGCUGUCAGAUGCAGAGUGUGAGGCUAUGCCGUUGCUGUCAUGUUUUGAGAACAGGCCAUCAUCUCCUGAGUCUAGUAGCUUCAUAAGCGAUCAUGGGCUACUGCUAAAUCCUGUAACUGGCCUCCCUCCCAAAGAAGACAUGGCACUUCAACUGACACAAGGUGGAAUUGUUUUAGAAGAGGCAUGUCUUAAAAACCAGUUUGAAGCAAAAUCUGAUGUAAUUGUUUAUCUAGAAAAGCCAAAAGCUGAGGGCAAAAAUACAACCUAUAUUCUGUCAAAAUCUGGAGAAGAAAACCCUAAGAAACAUUGUGAAACUGAUGCUCAUAAGAUGCAGUCAGUAGUAGUGCCUGAUGACAGUCACUCUGACAUUGUAUCACCAUCAGCAGAAGAUAAGGUUUUGCCAACUGAUGUAAUUACAGAAGAACUAUCUCAUGAGGUGUCUGAUGAAGUAAAAUCAGAUGAGAAAAUUCACAGUCCUGUAACUGAGAAGGAAGAAUGCGCUAGAAACAAAGUAUCUAAGAAAUCACUCAAAACUGAUGAUGAACCUGUGCAGACUGUUACAUAUUAUCAAAAAGAAUCCUCUGAAUUUAUAAUUAAAACACCUGAAGAGAUACAAACAUCUGGUAAAACCUUGUCGGCUCCUUUGUCGCUGGAAACUGCAUCUGAUGAUCGACCUUUGUCAUUGGCGUUUACUACAGAUAUCACUAAAGAUCAGCAAAUACAUGGAGAGUCUUCAGCUUCUGGAUCUCAGCAUCAUAAACCUUUAUGUUUAACAGAGUAUUCAGUGUCAGUCUCCCAUUCAGAAAAUGAUGGAGAACGUUGGAAACUCAUUUCUCAAAUUCAUGACCCACAGUAUGUAGGAGAGUUUUAUCAAACACAUCCAGUUGAGGCAGCUAGAGAUGAAAGUGCUACUUUACAGUCAGAAAGUCAUCAAAGAUAUCUUUCACCAGGAUACUAUAGACCCACGUCCCCACAAUCACUGAUGGUGCUGGAAUCACUCAAACCAGAUUCAUCCCAACCAGAGAGAUCUGUAGAUAGUCAACGAGCUUUAACACCAGAUUCCCCUGUUCCUCAGUACUUUGCCUCUCUCUCUGGAGCCUCCCAAGUUUAUCACAGAUCAGUGUUAACAGAGUCAGCCCUUUCAGAUCUGGAAUUGGAGACUGAUUUAAAUGCAUCAUUUCUUUUUGAGGACAGAUCAUCUCCUGAUUCACUGUCAUCUAUAAACAUAUACAGGCCACUCUCACCUGACUCACCUGUUCCUGAGUUUAGACAGUUUAUAGCAGAAUCAGUUUUUAAUGCUGCAUUGGACCGGUCUUCAUCACUUGAGUCAGUAGCCUCAGAUCUAGAAUGUGGGACAUCCUUUUCAUUAUUAUUCACUGAGAACAGACUGUCUUCCCCAGAUUCUCUUGAUGAAAACAGGCCACUUUCCCCUGAGUCACCCAUUCCUGUCUUUUGGCAGGCUUUACCAGAAUUUGCUGUUUCGACCACAGUGAAAAGGCCCAUUUCACCUGUAGCAUUUUGGUCAGAUCUAGAAUAUGGGGCUGUGUUUCCAUCACAACUGUGGCCUGAAGUGAGACCAUCAUCACCGGAUUCAGUAGUUUCUAGUGAUGACGAUACAGGUGACUCAGUUAUUGAAUCAACCUCGAUUAUUGCCCACAGAUCAUCAUCUCCUGAGUCAGAAAUUUCAGAGGUUGAAUAUACACAACUAAGUGAAGAUAUGCGUAUUUCUAAGCAGAGACCCAACUCACCAGAGUCACAGGUAUCAGAGACUUCAGAGGGGCUAUUGGGUGGUAGUAAUAAAUCUCUAAAGGCAAUCAGGGUACCAGUCUAUAGACUUGUUUAUGAUGCUGAACUUUGGAAGCUCAUUUCUCAAAUACAUGAUCCUCACUAUUUCGCGGAGUCAUUUUGCAGUAAAACUGGUGUUUUUGAAUAUGCUGGAACUAGAACUGAGUAUGUUUUAGAGGAUUCGGGUGUAAAAGAGGGAGAGUCUGUGGGUGGUGUGAAGUUGGACAUUGACGAUUUAUCUGAUUCAGUGCGAGCAAAGACUGAGGGGGAAGAUAUACCAGUAUCACCUGAUGCUGAGGCAGAAUACAAACCUUUAUCAUCAAGUGAAUUGACAUUAAUGAGUGCACUCAGGUCCUGUUCUCCUGAGUCUUUGAAGGACUUGUCUCCAGAUUCCCCAGUUCCCCAGUUUUCUGUUGACUUUGCUCAAAUUUCACACUCCCAGCCAUAUUCAGAAUCAGCAGAGUCAGAUGAGGAUUCAGACCAUUGCCUGUCCUGGGUUUUCGAUGAAGUUAUAACUUGGUCACCUAGUUCUCCAAUAUCUGUAGAUGAAAACUUGACAGUACCACCUGACUCACCUUUACCGGACUUCAGACCUGCACUACCUGAAUCAGUUACAGCUGUGAUUGGGUACAGAUCCUCUUCACCAGAAUCAGUACAUUCAGAUAUUGAAUAUGAGUGUUCAGAUUCAGUGGUCUUUACAGAUCAGAGAACAAACUCACCUGAUUCAGUUACUUCCAUGUUUGAAGAAAGGAAAUCAGCUGCUAGUGCAAAAUUUAAAACAAACCAGCUGAUGUGUCAACUAUAUGAUCCUCAUUAUGUAGGAGAUGCUUUUACAAAAAGAGUGUUUGAAUAUGUGAAGACCACUAAAGAACAUGCUUCCCUUGAUUUACAUACAGAAGCGUCAAUAUUGCCACUAGAUUCACCUGUUCCACAGGUCGCCACAAGAGUUGUUGAACGUUUUCCAUCAUUUAUUAGGUUAAUGUCAGCAUUUCCUGAAUCAGCUAUGUCAGAAGUCGAAUGUGCUGAUUUGGUUAAUUCCCAACCUGAUACUGAAAACAGACCAAACUCUCCAGAGUUAUUAGAGUCAGGGGUUGAAGAGAGACCUCUGUCUCUUGACUCUGAAUCUGAUUAUAGGCCUUUCUCACCAACAUCACUAAUGGUGUCAAAUUUCAGAUCAUUCUCUCCUGAAUCAACUGGCUCUGUAAAUGAAUUUAGAGCACUUGCAACAGACUCUCCCAUUCCAGGGUUAAGACUGGCACUACAAGGGCCUUUUAACACAUACAUGGACUAUAGGUCCUCUUCACCAGUGUCAGUGUCAUCAGAUUUGGAAAUGGACAUGGAAUUACCUUUAUCAAUGUUAUUUGAGGACCGACCAUCAUCUCCUGAGUCUUUAGCAUCACUCAGUAAAUACAGGCAACUUUCACCAGAUUCCCCCAUACCUGAGUUCAUAUCAGCUUUGCCAACUCCAUAUGCUGAUAUUAGUGGUUACAGGUCAUCAUCGCCUGAAUCGGUGGCAUCGGAUAUAGAAUUAGCUCCACUAAUGUCUCAGCUGUUUGAAGCUGAUGAGAGACCAGAUUCUCCACAAUCAGUCUUGUCUUUCUGUGAACACCAGUGUUUGUCACCAGACUCUCCGAUUCCUCAGUACCUUCAUACCGAACCUCCUAUGAUGGUGGUUAUGUAUAGAUCUGCUUCAUCUGGGUCAGUGUAUUCAGAUGAGGAUUUGGAGACUGAUUUAUGUAUCCCUUGGCUUUUUGAGGACAGAGCUGAAUCUCGUCAGUCAGGGGCAUCUGAUUUUGAUCUUAGAUGUUUGUCUCCUGAUUCUCCAUUACCCCAGUGCACCAUGAGUGCACCUGCUAUGUUAGAAGUAAGACACAGAUCCUCAUCACCUGAAUCAGUAUGUUCAGAUGAGGAUUUGGAGACUGAUUUAUGCAUCCCCUGGCUUUUUGAGGACAGAGCAGAAUCUCGUCAGUCAGGGGCAUCUGAUUUUGAUCUUAGAUGUUUGUCUCCUGACUCUCCACUACCCCAGUGCACCAUGAGUGCACCCGCUAUGUUAGAGGUAAGAUACAGAUCCUCAUCACCUGAAUCAGUAUGUUCAGAUGAGGACUUGGAGACUGAUUUAUGUGUCCCCUGGCUUUUUGAGGACAGACCAGAAUCCCCUGAUUCAGCUGCAUCCAAAGACGAGUUUAGACCUCUUUCGCCAGACUCACCCAUUCCUGAAUUUGCACAGGCACUGCAGGAGUCCUCUGUAUUACAUACCGACUAUCAGUCUAUUUCACCUGAGUCCUUCUUGUCAGAUUUGGAAAUGGAAUUAUCUUCCCUAAUGGUCAUAGAAGACCAACCUUCAUCACCUGAGUGCUUAGUAUUUGCAAGUAAAUACCCAAGACUUUCUCCUGAUUCCCCUGUGCCUGAUUUUAGACAGAAUCUGACUGAGCCAUAUCUUGAGUUCAGAGCUUACAGGUCAUCAACAUCUGAAUCAGAGCCUUCAGAAAUAGAAGAUGCUUCCUUGAUUUCACAGGUAUUUGAUUUUGAGGACAGAGCAGAAUCCUGUCAGUCAGAGGUGUCAGACUCUGAUUAUAGAUAUCUAUUGACAGAGUCUGUUUCAUCAGAUAAUGAAGAAUUGAUGUUGGCGCCCUUAUCCUCAAUAUGCGAAUUCAAGGCUCCAACUUCCGCUGAAGCAACCGUUGGUAGCUCUGUUGUAUCAACAACUGUUGCCCCUAACUCACUUGAGGAAUCAGCCAUUAUGGUAGCGGAGUACAAUCUCAUUUAUGAUGCUGAGUUAUGGAAGCUGAUUUCUCAUGUGCAUGAUCCCCAAUAUACAGGAGAAACUUUCAGCAGUAAAACUGGGAUCAUGCAGUUAAUAGGCAGUACAAUAGAAUAUGAAAGGAGUGUUCCAGCUAAUGAACAAGAAAAUAAAGUAAAAGAUGAAAAUGAGCAUGAUGCUAAUAGCACAGUACCACCUUUGGAAGUGCCGCGCCACUUGAUUAUAACAGAAACGUCCACAGUCAUAUCUCACAUGCACAAUACAGAACCAGCUCCACCAGUGUUUGAGCACAUUCUGUCUUCACCAGCAUCUCAAAACAGACAGAACAACUACACAUCAGAAAUGCCUUCCCCUAAGGCACAAACAGAUUCUGAUUAUGAUUUGGUAGCUCUGUCUGUGUUACAGCAUGAUGAUCUAUGUUAUUCACCAGAAUCCUUGAUCAACGACAGACUCGCAUCUCUUAAUUCGGUCACUGUGGUAGAAGAAAGACCAUCAUCACCAGAAUCUGUUAAUGAGUUAAGACCUCUCUCACCAGAUUCCCCCUUGCCUGAAUAUACAGUAGCAUUUCCAGAAUGUGUAACAUCCAUGAGAUCAGCAUCAUCUUCACCUGAAACUUUUGCAUCAGAUAUAGAUUACUUGCCACUGGAUUUGGAACUUGCAGAAUGCAGACCAUCACCUUUAGAAUCUUCACAAUCAGGAUCAGAGAAUCAGUUUGAGAGAGAUAGGCCAUUGUCAUCUCAGUCACUGCCUGAAUACAGACCUAUGUCACUUGAAUCAGCCAUGCAAAUGACUGACAAAAGAGCAUCGUCUCCAGAGUCAAUGCCUGAGUUCAAUGAGAACAGGUCUCUCUCUCCAGACUCUCCCAUCACUCAGUUUACAGUGUCAUUGCAUGAGUACACCACUACAUAUGGGUCUUCAUCACCGGCAUCAGUAGGUUCAGAUUUAGAGUGCGAGCUUAUAAUUACAUCAUCCAGUGCCAUUGAGACUGAGAGAGCAUCCUCGCCAGAUUCCAUUUCCUCUGUCAGUGAGUUCAGGCAACUGUUCCCUGACUCACCAGUGCCCGAGUUUAUGAGAAUAUUGUCCUCCUAUUUUAUGGAUCCUGUCCCAUUUGAUAUAUCACCUUCACCAUUGUCUUGGUCAUCAGACUCUGAAUUUGUUGCUUCACCUGUUGAUUGUUGGAUUGGAACCAACCCAAGGCCACUAAGUCCUGAAACUGUUGAGUCAGAGGAGGAAUUAGGAUUCUGUUGUGAGAGUACCGAUGGGUUAGUCUCUAAACCAGAACCUUUGAGUCAUGUGACAUCUCCUUUAUUACCUGAGCAACAUUUAUCAGUCCCUAAGAAAAAACAGAGAGCUGUGUCACCCUUACCACAUCAAAUGAGGGAGAUACAGUCGAAGAAAGAAUCAGAGGUUUUUACAUAUGACAAAUGGAUGCAGUGUGGAUCAGAAGCUGAGAGUAUCUCAGCUUUGCCAACCACUGUUUGUGAAGAUGACCUUCAGAAAGACUUUUCUAUGAAGCCAUCACCAGUUCAAGAUAUAAAACGAAAGGAAGAGAAGGUCCUACACAUUAGCACCAGAGAACUAAAGAGCAAGACAGCCUCUCAAAGGGCUGCUCCUCAUACACCAGAGGAAACACAGUUUCAGACAGAUGAUGAGGUGAAAAGCAAGCUGUUGUCUGCUACAACAGUGACGCAAGACACCAGUGAAAUAAGUGUGCAAUUCAGUGAUGGCAAGACAAUGAAAUCAGUUCCUCUUCAGCUACCUGACAAGAGCGUAUACACAACCCACAGAACUGUUACUCCAGUUCUACCUUUACCUGAGAAGACAUCCUGUGUAAAGGCGGAUAGAUCGCGUGGUCACUCAGAGUUGUCCCCUGCGGAAACGCUGUCCAGUGAGCUUUUCUCACCCAUGUCGAGCCAGCGUGUGGUACCACCUGAUUAUGAAGCAGUGUUUUCAGGCCAUGAAACCCAGAGAGUUUCUGAAUGUAGCCAAGCCUCCUUGGACGAUUUGAGUCCAGUAUCCCCAGUGUUCAGUGACUCCGUCCCAGCACAGGUCAUGACUGAAGCUACUGCCAAGGCAAAGGCUGAAACUGCUGAAGAGUUCACAUUUUCUCCAGACUUUAACCGAGUCCUCUCAGAAUUUGAGAAAACAGUCUCAGAAUUUGAAUCAGAAGAAGCAAAAGGCCAAUCUAAAGAACUCAGUCAGGGUUGUAAGUCUCCACAGCACUCAGACUCGGAGCUGGAGUUCUUUGACUGCAGACAAGCCUUCUCGGACUUCUCUGAACCAGAAGAGGUCAAACUGGAACAUGAAAUUACCUAUCGUGUCUCGGAGCCUCCUUCCCCAAUGCCUAUUAGUAGCCCUGAUAUUGGCUUUCUGAAAGAGAAGCGCUUCUCUUCUGGAAGUGAAAGUCUUGGUGAGUUUGCUUAUGAUUCAGAGGGCUCACAGGAGGGCCGUGGAGCUUGUGACUUCCCAGUGUGUGAGGAGCUUCCUCCCAGAGGUCAGGCAGGGUAUUACGAUGAUGACGACUUUCUGGGAAGGGAGAUAGCGGAGGAGCUAGGGAUGCUGUCCUCUGAUAGCUCAGAGGAGGAGGUGCUGACCACCAGGGUGGUCCGACGGAGAGUUAUCAUUCAGGCAGACACCCUUCCAGAUAUCCCAUCACAGACUGUCACUGAGGAGAAGUACAUAGAUGAGCAUGGGAACAUGGUAGUUAAGAAGAUCACACGGAAGGUGAUUCGUAAGUAUGUGUCAGCAGAUGGCACGGAGACACAGGAAGUGACCAUCGAGGGCUCUCAGCAGGAGUCGGUGCAGAUCGAGGAGGGAGACAAUGUCUCCAGAGUGGUGAAGAGAACCGUGCUUCAUAGUGAGGGAGAUCAGAAAGAAUUGACCCUCUCGGAGCCCCUUGCCCUGGGCGCCGCCACAGCUUCAGAGUUUGAGGUGGAGCCAGUGCAGGGUCGAAAGGUCAGCAAGGUUGUCAAGACGACGGUGGUGAGAGGCGAGAGGAUGGAGAAACAGACGGGAGACACCUCACUGGCUGCAGAUCUCCCCUCAGCCAGAGAGGACUUUGAGAAGAAGCCAGAUGCAUAAGUCACAAACCCAGAAGAGGACUGUGGUGAGGGAUGCCCAAGGGAAGCACGUGCACUUGGAGCAUCUGGACGACACCCCAGAGGCCCUACAGCCAGACGCCCUGCAGCAGUACCUGCACCAACUGCUCCAGCGCUACUCUGAGGACGAGCAACAGGAGGAGGAGGAGGAGGAGGAGGAGAAGGCCGCCUUAGAUUGAGCAGCUGCUUCCACUAAUCUACUCCCUACAUCUUCCACUAAAGCCUUUGGUGACAUACUGUGCGCCUCCUCAGAUGAAAAGGUUCCCUUCCUGCUGUCCUUGCUGAUCACUGGAUUGUUUCACUUGUUUUCAUCCAGGAACGGGACAGUUUUUGUGCUUUAACACGCUUCUUCCCUCACACCGUUUCAUUUGCUCUUGUUGUGACCAAAGAUAGCAACCAUUGUUUUUGUCUGACUCUUUUUUUCGGUGUUUCCCGUCUUUUUAUCUUUCGGCUGCUGUGGUGUGGUGACGGUAUGAUCAAAGUCAAAGGGGGCAUCUGGGACGUUUACCUCAUGCAUGGGCCUCUUCUAGAAGAACGCUUGUAGACAUUUGUACAUAGAGGAGAUGGCAAAAAUCAUGCUUGGAUUGGGGAAAAAAGAGAAACUUUUCAAAGCAUUUAAUUAGCCCACUUAAACCUGCUGUACAUGCACCGAUUCAGCUGGACAAUGGCCACCAUACAGAUGAGGUUAAUGUUACACAGAGUGGAGUAAAUGUGUAUCAUCAUGGACUCUAUCUACAGCCAAACGCCAACCUGCUGAUCCGUUUAUCAAGGCUGUGUUAUCACACCUUGUGUCUUCCCAUGAUACAUCUGCCCCCCCCCUCUUUUUUUGUUUGUCUGUCCUAAACGUGUGUUGUGCAUUCAUAUUUUAUCUGUUGCAGAGCUGCCAGCUCUGUGUGUGUAUAUACAGUGUGUCUAAGGAGAAAGUAGUAACGAGGAAUGUUUGGAUGCGCUUAACCCUCCUUAUACAUGUAGCUCAUGUCAUCUGUUUCACCCCCCACGUUCACCUUCCUACUUUCCCCACCUCACACUGCAGCAGUGCUCAUAUCCUGUCCUCCAUAAAGCCUUUUAAAGGAUAAAGCUGGCUGUAUUUUCCUUACUGUCAACAAAUCCCAUGAGCACAACAAAACCACAAAUAGUCUGCUCCUACUAACAAGUAUCCAAAACCUGACAUAGCUUAUUCCUCUGUGCCAUAGAGUGUUGUAUGCAUGGUGUAUUUUUGUAGGCCGGCCCAGAAGUUAGCAUCACCCCAGUUCCCUCAACAAAAAGCCAGUGGAAUUUCUCCAUAGACUUUCAGAUUUAUGCAGAAAAUAAGCUGUAACAAACAAACAAACAAACAAAAAAAAGCUUAUGACUUUUACACAUUUUGUUCAGUAAGAUAAUCUUCACAUGGUAGCCUAAAUACAACAUCACCGCCGCGGCUUCCAACUUAGCGCACUUACUUCCUCUAAACACUUUCCUUUUAGCGUGUCCUGAUCUAGCUUGUGAUCCUUAGAAUAGUUUGCAAGUGUGUGAGUUUAAAUACAGCAAGACUGUAAAGGUGGGCUAGUGAGUAGCUGAGUCUGCAUAUUCAGCAUGUGACGUUUAUUGUCCCCGACAUCCGCUGUAGUCUCAUUUAGCCACUUGUUAGUAAUCGUCUUUUUUAAGACACGUAAAAGCUUUAAAAAUCACGAUUGGGGUAUUUACUGACAUAUUUUAAUUCAUAGAACUAAACAUGAAAAUGUAUUGGCCUGUUGUUCUUGUGACCUUAUUUCAGGUGUCUAAGCAGAAACCCACUGAAAAACCCAGGGAAGGGGAAAUGCAAACAUGCUAAUAACUCUGUUCCAGGUUUUAGGACUCACUACUGCUGCAUUCUCACUACUGCUCCACUGCUGUUCAAAAACACGAGUGAGUCACACUGUCACACUACCAUUAUUUUUUUGACUCUGUAUCUCGUACAUCGUCCUGCUGUCACAAAUAUUGGAUUAAAACAGAGCUGAAAAUAGUCCCUAACAAAUGUUAUAUUAAAAACUACAGUGCCCAGUUGUUUUAGGAAAAUGAAGUUAUAUAUUUGUGAGCGGUCUUUAAGGAGUGUUCAGUUGCAGAAAUGGGUUUGGAGCUGAGAGCCACAGACAGGGUAGGCAAGUCAGAAAGCACUGAGAGAUGGACUGACACAUUGUUGGUUUUCAUGUUUAUUAUGGGAUUUGUUGGCAGUAAUAAGAUACAUAAUAACAUCAGACUUACCCUUCACGUUGUUAGCCAUCAAGCAUGGCCUAUAGAUGCUUUGCUUUAACUUUUACUUAUCACUGCUGUUAAAGCACUGACACAACUUUAAUUUGAAACAAAGACUAACUUCCAUUUUCAGUUAUCACAUCAGUACUUCCUUAUUUAUUUAUUGCCAUCCAUCUGUGACUCUUGUAUACUCCAGCUGUUGAAGUGAGAGUUGAGUAUGUUUGGAUGUGUUCUAAAGAGUAAAGACCAAUGUUUUUUUUUUUUUUUGUUUGUUUUUUUUUUUUGCAGUGCUAGAAAAACUGCUUGAAUUGACUGAAGUAUGUUUGGUGUUCAUCCACAGUUGAGACAUUAUGUAACGUAUGAUCCUCACCUUGCCAUCUACUUUAAGUGUCAUCCAAUAAAAGAGCUGUCAAAAAGAGA